GCAACACUUCAAACAAAAUUUAUUUAUUUAUGCAAGAUUUAUAAUUUAUUCCAUGUGCAGAAUUACGUUUGGUACAGAAAACUGUAGCACAAAUUUUCAGAAGGUUGGAGGCGUAUGUGAAGAGUGUCCUCCUGGAUAUUUUGGACUUGAGUGUAAGCAAAGUUGUCCACCACCAACAUUUGGUAAAUUAUGCGGAGACACAUGUUAUUGUGCACAUAAUGAAUGUAACCCUACUUAUGGAUGUUCCAAAGAAGAAAAGGACACAAAAGGUUGUGCUGUCGGGUCGCUCAAGGAAAAUAACCAAAAGUGUUGUUCUAACCACUACAAAGUAAAUCAUACUUGUCAAGCUUGUCCUCCUGGUUAUUUUGAUUUAGACUGUUCGUCCCAAUGCCCCCCAUCAAGAUAUGGAUUUAUGUGUGCUUACCUGUGUAAUUGUUCCAAUUCUUAUUGCAAUCAUGUGACUGGAUGUCUUCUAACAAGAGACCUUGAGGAUGUUAAUGUUGAAGAUAAUGUAAUAGAAAAUGAUGAAUUAGCUUAA